AGAGAAAGAGCCUGUCCCAUGCAGACAUCACUAACCUCUACCUAAAUGAUGUGACUGUCACCUACAGGACUAUUUUCUGUCUCCUAUUCAAUAAGGUAAGUGUUUGGCAUUUCUAAGUCUACUUCUGCAUUUAAAAAAAAUAUAUAUAUUUUGUGUGUGUAGAUUUAUUUUUCAGGUUUAUAAAAUGGCUGCAGCACAAUGCUUUUUAUGUUGCAUGCAAAAUGAAAAGCAAUUUAAGAAGAAACUGUUUGCAAGUGUGCAUUUAAUAAUGUGCAAAUGGGCGCACAUGAGUAAUGAAUACAUGUCAGGGGUAUUUAUAUUUCAAAAAUCUCUGCUCAACAAACAACCUUAACGAAGAGGAUUCCAUCUAACUGAGCAUUAUUGAAUGUUCGAUAUAUAUUCAAAUCAUAAGUACCAUUAAAUUGGGUAAUAGUAACAACCCCUGGAUGUUGGGCUAAGGUACCAUCCCCAGGAUGUACUUGAAAUCCAGAGUAAUCUGAAUGGACCUUUCCAGGUUAAAUACUUUGUUAUUAUUAUUAUUAUAGCUGCUGGUGUGUUAAUGGAAUUCUCUAGUAAAUAAUUCUAAUAUAACUAAUAGAGAGAGAGAAUGAGAAGGAGGGAAAUUUAAACAUAUAUUUAUGUGUGUAAUAUUAAUUUCAUAUAUGCAUGUAAAGAUUCACAAAGUAGUUUGGUAUACCAAAACCCUUGCGGACAUGGUAGGCUUUCAGCACAUUGAGAAUCAAUAUUUUUCUACAGAUGUCUCUUUCCAACAGUUUAUUUGCAGGGUUAUUCACUAUAGAGAGAAUUAUCGGGAAUUCAAUGCAAAUUAGAUAAUUAAGGUCAAAGUAGACGAACAGUAAAAUUUCUCCAAGUCUGCUUUGCUUUGAGUUUGACUACUUUGGCCUUAAAUUUGAAAUUAACAUUUUAUUGAAUAACCCUGUUAGUAUUUCUAAUAAUUUCUUUAUUACAAACUAUUUUGAUUCAUAUUUUGAAUAUUGUCCUUAGUGACAAGGGUUGAGCAUUUUUUUCCCCCUAACUCCCUCAUCUUGCUUAGCCACGCAGUAAAUGAGGCCAAAGGACACAAAGUCUGAUCCCCUAACUAUAUUUAUAUGUAUUUUUAAAUAACGAGGGACCAAUUGUAGUCCCUUCUACCUCAAACUAGAUCUGCAGUAAAGCUUUACUGUGGUUAUAGACAGGGCCGUCUUUAAUAACGAAUGGACCCUGGGCAAGUGUUUGCUUGGGCCCCCUGUGCCCUGCCGCUCUCGCCCCUCACUCCCUGGUAUGCAAUCACGGCAUCCAUCCCAACGCAGUGGCGGUACUAAAGUAGAAUGAAUUUUAUUGGGACCCCCAAUUGCAAGGUUGGACUAAAGGUAGAACCCCAUCUGUCGUGCAACUCCAACAAUGCUUUGACAGCUGGGACUCUACCAAUUUCCCAUGCUUGCAGGGUUGUAUUUAGCACUGAGCCAUGUUAGUAUGUUUGAAUGUAAGCAUGUGUUUGUAUGGAGUAUGUUUGUGUGAAUGUGUUUGUAUGUGGUACUGGAGUUUGAAUGCAAGUGUGCAUUUAUGUGUAGUGUUUGUUUUUGAAUGUAGGAGUGUGCUUGUAUGUAGUGUUGACGUUGGAGGUGUGUAUUUGAAUUUAAAGUUGCGGCUCAGAUGCACAGGUACACACUCUGACGCACAAGCAGAUACACAGAUACAUACACUGACUACAUACAGAUAAACAGGCACAUACACUGACAGACACACUGACACAGGUACAUAUAUUGACACACACACAGACACAUACACUGGUAGACGUACUGACAGACAUACUGACACAGGCACAUAUACAGACAUACUGACACACAGACACAUACCGACAUACUGACACACACACAGACACAUACACUGAUCAACAUACUGACACACAUACACUGACAGAAAUACUGACACCCACACACUGACAGAUAUACUGACACCCACAUACACUGAGAAAUACUGACACACACACACAGGCACAUACACUGACACACACAGACUGAUAUACUGACACACACACACAGACAUACUGGCACACAGACAGAUAUACUGACACAUGCAUACACAUGCACUAACAGACAUACUGACGCACUGACAGACAUACUGACACAUACGCAUACUGACACACACACAUAUAUACUGACACACAGACAGACAGGCAUACUGACACACACACAGACAUACUGACACACACACACAGACAUGCUGACACACUCACACACAUACACUAACACACACAUACACAAACACACAAACUAACACGCAUACACACUAACACACAUACACACACACUAACACACAUACACAUACACUAACACACAUACACAAACACACACACUAACACACAUACACUAACACACAAACACACACACUAACACACAUAAACACACACAUACACUAACACUAACACACACACACUAACACACACAAACACACACAUACAUACACUAACACACACAUACUCUAACACACAAACACUAACACACAAACACUAACACACAAACACUAAACACACACAUACACUAACACACAAACACACACAUACACACAUUUUUUUUUUUAAAUGUAAUCCCCCCAGCCUCCUUACCUUUUGGAGUGCUGGGGGGAUUCCCUGGGGUCCAGUGGUGCUGCUGGGCUCCUGGGUGGGUGGCCGGUCGGGCAGGGCAAGCGCGAGGGAGCACUCAGUGCUUCCUCUUCAGCUCCCUCGCAGAUACGGAGCCGAAGAUGACGCCAUCUUCCGCCCGCAUCACAGGUGCGCGAGGGAGCUGAAGAGGAAGCAGUGAGUGCUCCCUCGCGCGCCCGCCUUCCUGCCCGACCGGCCACCCGCCCGCCGGGGUCAGCGGGGCCCACGGGGCAGGUGCCUCGGGCCCCCCAAGAGAAACUGGGCCCGGGGCAGCUGCCCCGUUUGCCCCGCGUUAAAGACGGCCCUGGUUAUAGAGUCAAUUAAGUAUGUAGGUCUUCUACACUUUAAGACACCUCAAAUAAUUAAAGAGCAGAUCUAUUAAAUUUUGAUUUAUACCAUGUUAGUGAAGAUUUAUACUAUGUUAGUGAAGAUUUCCUGCGUCAGGAAUUUUCCUUAUAUCAUGCCAUAAUUUCACUAUAACUACGCACUUCAUUUAAUAUGCAUGCGCACUACGAAUUAAAGAUAUUCACUACUCAAUUGUAAAUUACACAUUACUAUGCAGUUAUGAUCAAAGGGAGAAAAACAGGAAGUAAGGACGACAGACAGGAACAGGAUAUAACUAUAACUAUAACUAUACCUAUUACUUGUUACAUGAUGUUCUACAGCUCUUAAUUGUCCAGGGGUAUAUUCAAUAAGCAUUGGAUAUAGAUAAAGUAUAUUAUUGCAAAUAGCUGACAUGUUAACCAAUUUUAGAAAGACUGGCCAGUCGGUCAUCUGUAUCUUAAGCCCUGGGUAAAUAUAGGCAAAGUAUUUCCAACAUACCAUAAUUAAAUUCUUUGUGAAAAUUGAAUGUUGUUUUCAAAGUGUGUAAUAGACAUUAAGGACCCUCUUUCUGAAUGUCAUCUAUAGCACAGUAUAAUGUUAAAUUGUUUUCACUGCUUAAAGGGACACUCCAGAACCCUAAAGCACUUUAGCUUGCUGUAAAUCUUUAUGUGUGAAGAGUGUUUCCUAUUUUUUCAUUUUGAAAAAAGUGUAAUUUUCAAGUGCAAAUUAUACUGGUUACACCCCCUGGCUUUUAAAUCUGACAACAGGUCCUGUGACUUCCUGGUUUGGUUAGUUUAUUUGCACUGAACUCAGGAGGCAGCAAUUGUUCAUAGCAAAGACUUCUUAUUGAGCUGCAUUGGGAUGGGAAAUCUGUGAUUGGUCAGUCACUGAAAGUCUGGGUGGGGUUAGAAGAGGCAGGCUCGCAGAGGUAGCAGACAAGAGAACUGCAGAUAUUGCAAGCUAGUUUAAGAUAUACCUGCAUUAUAAAAUUCAUAAUUAAAUGUGCAAGAGCUUUCGUUUGUGGUAUAUCUACUAAACAGUGGUUUUAUUUAUUUUGUAUUUGGGAAGUGGAAUGUCCCUUUAAGCCCUCCGUUUUCUUACAAUUCACAAUAUGUGACUCAACCAUCAAUAAAGUUACACUGUAAAGUCAACAAAUCAGCAAAUCAACUUUCUGAUUGUUUCUGGCCAUUUUCUUAUACGAAUGCACCCUUCUGCUGCACAUAUGUGGAAAAAACAAGACCACAGGAGACAGCAAUCUUUCUCUUCUGGCACAUUGUACCAGUGAUGUAAGAACCUUGUGAUCAGGUUUCUAACUUAGUUCACUGAUUAUAUACCUCUGUUAUCAAAUCAGUUUUAUUGUAUGCAAUAAAAACAGUUUUCAGUGUGACUGAUGAUAUUCACAGCCAAGCUAUUUAAGAUGGAGUCUUAUAAAGCAAGAUGGUUGCUUCCAGCAAUUUUCUUUUCUUUCCUUUUUUUUCCAUUUGUUUAUUUUUAUUCUAUUAUAGUAGAUCUAACCAUGUAAGGUAAUAACCACAUAUAUAACAUUCACAUAUGAUAGGGUCAUUGGAUAUGGUGCACUGACUUUGCUGAUAAUAUUUAUGCGGAAGGCAGAAGCUACUCCUGAUGCAUUCCACCCGUAUCUGCCCAAAGUCAUUAAGAUGAAAUAGCAGUUAUCAUAUAAAUGUGUUUAUUCAGCCUGCCUCUGAUAUAUUUGGUUGAAGAGGUCAUCUAAUCGGCCCACUGCAGGGAGCGAGUAACCUAUGUAUUGCCUGCUUGGUUAGACCAUACACAGUUCUCCCUGGUUUGAGUCAGAGUGCUAAACAAGAUAUAUCCAGAUGAGCCAACUCAUUCUGACACAUUGGAUUAAAGGGAGUGCUGAGAAUGGUCUGACUCAGCAGGGAAUACACAUACUCCUUGCUGACAGCCUCCCACACCAGACCACCAGGUGUAAGACCUCACUAAGUCAGGAGUUAACUUGAAAAACUUCAAAACACAUUUUUUCCUCUGGUAGUAGGAGACUUGAUGCCAUAGAAUAUAUAUUGAGGGAGUUACAUUACAAAAGACUAGGGUCAUUAGAGCGUAUGGUACAGGCAGUGGCGUACACACAAUCCACGGGGCUCCGGUGCGAAAUUGAUCUGUGGGCCCCACCUAACAGACACACACACACACACACAUACAUACAGACACACAUACAUACACACACAUACAUAGAGACACACAUAGACAGACAGAUACAUACAGACACAUACAUACAUACACACAGAGACAAACACACAAGACACAUAUACAUACAAACAGACAGGCGCACACACACAUACAGACAGACAGACACACACUCAGACACAUACAUACAGACUGACACACACAGACAGACACACAAACAUACACAGACACAUACAUACAAACAGACAGGCACACAUACAUACAUACAGACAGACACAUACACACAUAGACACACAUACAUACAAAGACACAUACACACAAACAGACAGGCACACAUACACACAUACAUACAUACAGACAGACAGACACACACACAUGCACACAGACACGUACACAGACAGACACACACAUAGACACAGAAACACACACAUACACAAGACACACAUACAUACAAACAGACAGGCACACAUACACAAAAACACACACACACACACAUAGAAAGACACAUACACACAUACAAACACACACACAAAAUGUUUAAGUCACCCUCCUGUUUCCUACCUUUUAGGUGCAGGAGGGUGACUUUCCCUGGGGUCCAGUGGUGACUCAGGUUGAUGGGAGUCAGAGUUCCCACUCUGACUCCCUUCUCUGCUUCCUCCCACGCUUCACUCUGUGUGAUUGCUGGAUGGAGUGACCGGGGCAGUCACUUCCUCCCAGCGUGUGAUUUCAUCACAGGGGGCCCAGUCGCGCUGUUAAAGUGUCUCAGCAGCCCGCAGCACUGACCAGGCCCCCUGACAAUCCAUCUCUAUCGGGUGGUCCUAACAGCAUGGGCCACCCAAUGGACCCCUUGGACAGCGGCCCCGGUGGCUUGCCGCGCUGGCCGGGGCGGCAAAAGAUGGCGGAGGGUACCCGGUCAAAGGGAUCCGCAGGGUGGCCAGGCCCCCUGGAGUGACAGGCCCGGUCGCAGCUGCGACCGCGGUAUGUACACCACUGGGUACAGGUAUUUUGAACAGGUAAGAUCAUUAAAAGAUCAGUGGGUGGGGGGGCGUGGCUUGGCGCUCGAUCGGCAUGGACGCACGCAUGUGAGGCUCCUGCAGUUUUGGGGACACAGCACAUAUAAACGGACCGCAAAGCACUGCCUAAAGGUACUUCCAGACCUGCAAUGUCCCACAGGCAGAGGCAGAAAGCUGCCAAAGCUGAAAGAGCAACCUUCUUCCUAGCCAGAUCGGCCGCAAAAAAACCGCGGGAAGCCGGCGGUCCCGUCCAAGAUGGCGGCGGAGACCGCUCCCGCGAGGGAUCCAUCUCACCAGCGACAUCCACCACCUCACUAACAGAGGAGCAGCCCCUCACCACAACCUCAAUGAGGCUCAUGCUGGCAGAAUUGGCUGAAAACUUCCAGGCUACUAUGAAAACAGCUCCAAAGCCUGGCAGCAGAGUUGAGGAAGGAUGUUGCAGACAUAGGCCAGCGCACGGCUCAAAUAGAGCAGAAACUGGACGACUGUACAGACGCUCACAACUAUUUAGCUGAAAAAGUGCAAGACUACGAAACUAACCUGCAAAAUCUUAAAGCAAAAGUGGCGGACCUGGAAGACCGCUCCCGGAGAAACAACAUCCGGAUAAGAGGCAUCCCUGAAACAGUGCUGCAGGCAGGCCUAGGCGACUACCUCCAGGACAUGUUCCAAGCGCUCGCCCCAGCAAUACACCCAGACCAGAUGGUGGUGGAUAGGGCGCACCGCCUCAGACGGCCGCAACACCUACCGCCUUCCACAGAAAGGGAUGUCAUCGCACGCAUACACUUUUUCCACAUGAAGGAGCAGAUAGUGAAAGCGGGCAGAACAGCAGGUAUGCCGGACCCUUAUGGACACAUCAAAAUUUUUGCAGACCUAUCAGCAGAAACGUUACAGUUCAGGAAAAGCCUGGCCCAGAUCACCGCCACCCUGCGAGAGAAGAACAUCGCCUACAGAUGGGGGUACCCGGCCAAACUACUGAUCCACCGUGAAGGGAAAAUGCAUGUGGUAAUUAAUCCAGAAAUGGGGCUUAUUAAGCUCAAGGACUGGGGUAUACAAGUCCGGGACGAGAUGAAACAACCCCAUGACAAAACCCCCAGGGUGACCAGAGACUGGUCAAUCACAUAAACAAUGCAGCCUUCUCUUGCCUCCGUAAGGAGACGGGCGGCGGAUAACCCAUGGUUAUACUGCUAAACUUAUACGACAGCGAAAGUGUGAGUUUAAAUUAACCAAUGUAUUACAUUAUGUUUACCCUUCGGUUAUUAUAUCCUGUACUAUUAGUUAUAUGCAUACAAUGUUAUAGAUGCAGGGGCUAGUUAACAAGAUCUUUUGGGACACAGGCGCUACACUCUAAGGCCCCCAUCUUGAAAUGCCAGGGAGCUAAACCCAGAUAGGCGCUCAUUAUGCUAGCAAUGCAACGCUGCGGCCCCAAUGCUGUAGCCACGAAUGAGGCACCGGAUUACGGCCGGGCUCAUACACCCACCCCCCAACAAAUGUGACCGGGACCCCCCCGGCACAUCUCAGCUCCUUAUGGAGACGUUCUUUAAGACGUACUGUCUAACUGUUUGUUUUACACCCCCUAAGUUUCCCCCACCUUCUGAUGCCCCGUACCCCCAUGUCCCAUAUAGCAUCAACAGAAACCAACCACCGCCCUAUAGCCACACUGAACCGAAAGCAAGCAAACUGAAGCUCACCAUAGUGACGACCAAGAGUAGAUCCAGAAACCACUCAAUAUACCACUAUGAAAUUAGUCUCAUACAACGUAAAAGGAUUAAACACCCCUGGUAAAAGGAGGCUACUGCUUAAGGACCUCACGACACACAGGGUUGAUAUAGCAUGUAUCCAGGAAACACACUUUAGGGAUGACCACACCCCGGCAAUAUAUAUGAAGACAUACCCCACUCAGUUCCACUCCCAAGCUGCCACGAAAGCAAGAGGGGUGACAGUCCUCAUACACAAAGAUGUAGCAACUACCAUACAGCAACAGUGUAUAGACCCGAACGGCAGAUAUGUCAUACUAGUAGGCCAGUUUAACAACGUCCAACUUACGCUGGUAGCCACAUACUUCCCCAAUGAGAAACAGGGGCAGUACCUACAAAAGUUACUCAAACUAACAGACAAGAUUAAGCAGGGUGGCGUAAUAUUAUGCGGGGACUUUAAUUGCAUCCAGUCGCCCACCCUAGACACAACAGCCACCCUCACGGGUAAUAGUAAAAAAAGGAUGGUCUCCACUAGCAAACUUUUCACUAAGCUGAUAGACCGUUAUGACUUGUAUGACGCGUGGAGAACACUACACCCCGAAGACAGAGACUACACCUUCCAUUCAAGGGUCCAUAAUAACUAUACACGCAUAGACACGGUCCUCCUAGAUAGGCCACUUCUAGCACAACUCAGAGAAUGUACAAUAGGGGAAAUAACAUGGUCAGACCACGGACCGGUGUAUCUAGACCUCCUAGACGCCUACCAAUUCAAGGGGAGGGGAACAUGGCGCCUGAAUGACUCAUUGCUGCUGAACUCAACCUUUGCGAAAGAGAGUAGGGAGGCACUUCGGAACUAUUUUACUACCAAUGUGGGGGAAGGAGUCUCUGACACCAUGGUAUGGGCAGCACACAAAGCAGUCAUGAGAGGGAUAUUCAUUAGAAGGGCAUCCUUCCUGAAACGGCACCACCAAACCACUCUCCUAGACUGUCAAAAACAAUUGGCAAUAGUAUCCAAACAAAACAAACAACAACCCUCCCCAACACUAGCGACACAACUACAACAAUUGCACACGAGACUAAAUGAACUAAACACAGAAAAAACAAAAAAUUUACUCUAUAAACUGAAAGCCAAUGUCUACCAUAAUGGAGGUAAAGCCAACAAAAACUUGGCCAACAGACUAAGAGCCAGAUACGCCAACACGAAAAUUGCACAAAUCACAGGGGCAGACGGCAAACCACGUCACUCGCCAGCAGACAUCAGCAAAGAAUUUGCCGACUUCUACUCCAAACUAUACAACCUACAAUCACAAGACACCACAUACACAGCGAGCCACGCAGACAUAGACGAAUAUCUGAGACAAACCAAUCUCCCCCAGAUAUCUCAAAUCCAAAAAAUGAAUCUGACUAAACCCAUAGAACUACAGGAAAUCCUAAAGGUGAUAGCGGGUCUCCCUCAUGGCAAAUCUCCAGGGGCAGAUGGCCUCACUAAUGCCUACUAUAAAUUAUUCGCCACAGAACUUGCCCCACACCUACUUAAAGUGUACCAGGCUACCGCGAAUUCAGGGACUUUGCCACCAGAGAUGCUAUUAGCCACUAUCGUCACACUCCCUAAGCCGGGGAAAACACCAGACAAAUGCCAAAACUACCAUCCAAUCUCACUGCUCAAUACUGACGCCAAAAUAUACGCGAAAAUAUUAGCUAACAGAAUCAGUGACAUACUACCUAACCUCAUAGGAGAAGACCAGACCGGGUUCGUGACGGGUAGACAGGGACUAGACAAUACUAGAAAAUUGAUGCUGCUACUAGAGGGCCUACGGAGAAGCAGGGAAGGAGGACUGUUACUAGCCCUAGACGCCGAAAAGGCGUUUGAUCGCCUCAGCUGGCCCUUCCUAGACCGAACCCUGAGAGCAUAUGGAUUCCCACUGACCACGAUAAAUCAAAUAUUCGCUCUCUACUCCGGCCCGACAGCGCAGGUCCUUCAAUCAGGGUUCAAAUCUGAACCCUUUGACAUCACGAACGGGACGAGACAGGGAUGCCCGCUCUCCCCUCUCCUAUAUGUGCACUUGAACCCCUACUCCGUAAUAUCAGGGCUCACCCAGAGAUUACGGGCAUUAAGGUAAAGAACACCGAAUAUAAAAUCAGCGCCUUUGCAGACGAUAUCUUACUCUAUAUAACUAGACCCCAAGACUCAUUAACACACAUAAUGCAGGCAAUACAAGCAUACGGCCACCUAUCAUACAACUCCCUAAACUCCUCGAAAACCCAAGCCAUGGGGAUAAACCUUCCCUCCUCCCUAAUCCAAUCGCUACGCAUCAAGUAUGACUUUGACUGGAGGAAAGACUUUAUAACAUAUCUGGGGCUUCAUAUCACCAAACAAACCAAAGACUUAGUAACGGUGAACCACAUUAGAGUGUGGAACGAGUGUAAGGCAACCCUCAAACUGUGGGGGCCCCUAUUCCUUACAUGGACUGAACGGGUGACUGCACUGAAAAUGUCUAUACUUCCCAGGUUACAAUAUAUUUUUAGAACGCUGCCCAUAGAGGUUCCCCAAAUGUAAUUCAAAGCAAUUCAAAAAGACAUCAAUGCAUUUAUAUGGAACGGAAAGAAACCGCGAGUAGCGCGGAAACUGCUGACAGCACCGCUGAAAGCAGGUGGCCUAGCAGUACCAGACAUACGUGCCUACUACCAUGCCUCCAUACUGGCAUCAGUGUUGCCACACUUGCUAGACCAAACACCCCCCCAGUGGGUGACACUGGAACAACACCUGAUGGAACCGUACGAACUCUCACAUGUGUUAUGGCUCCCCAGGACACUGAGGCCACCAAUGAUAGAUAUCCCUGCACAGAUCACUUUACUCCUAAAAGUCUGGGACACGCACAGGAACAAACUGAGCUCGAACCCCUGUGUCUCACAAGCCACGCCAAUACGUGCCCUAACAUACUGCAUACCCACAUUCCAUGCAGCUCCAUGGCAAGAAAGAGGCAUCACAACCUUAGCACAUGCCCACACGGGCAACGCGCUCACAGACUUCAACACACUACAACAAACACAUAACAUUCCGACCUCCUCACACUUUUCAUACAGACAAUUGGCAUCCUUCCUACAUAAACACAACACAAAGGAUCUCACUAAGCACAGCCCAGGCCCGCCCUUACGCACCCUCUGGGAGGACAUAUGCAUCAAACACAGACUCCCGAAGACAUAUAGACCACUGUCAUCCUGUUAUAAAAUGAUAUUAGAUUACACACCACUAGCAACAGCCUCACCGGCAACACAAUGAGAGGGAGAAUUGGCCACAGACCUCACCAGACAACAGUGGGAAGACCUAGUGACCUCCCCCAGGAAACUGAUAAAAUCAGCGACGCUUAUAGAGCAACAUAUGAAGCUAGUGUACAGGUGGUACCUGGUACCUGAAAAGUUACACAAACUUUACCCAUCCAGCUCUCCAGAAUGCUGGAGGUGUACCAAACAUAUUGGCACAACACUACAUGUCUGGUGGAACUGUCCAUUGAUACAACCCUUUUGGAAAGCCAUCCAGGAGGUACUCAAAGGAAUCACCCUAGAAGAGCCGAAGUAUGAGCCUAGCACGUAUCUCCUGCUUGCGCUCCCCCCAAAGACACCCCAAUAUAUAAAGAAACUCAUUUACCACCUUCUACUCACAGCCCAACGAGUAAUCGCAAGGGCAUGGAAAUCUCGCACCACUCCGCCUUUAGAACUAGUACUGGCAGAAAUGGAUACCCAAAACAUAUACGAGAGACAAUUCCAUACGGUAUGCUCUCCCAAUAUAACAACAUUGGCUACAUGGGAGAGAUGGGAGAGCUGGAGACGAAAGCACCCGCCAUAACAGCUGUCUACCACACUCCCCCCAUAUGACACAGAGCAUCUGAGUGGGAGACAUUAUGAGCGGCCAAGUCUAGGGAUAGCAGACACUCAACUAAGCACAGCGAGGUCAAUAGAAACCUACAAAGGUAUUAUUACAUAGACUUGCAGAUAGGAAAAUAACAAAGCUGGUUGAACAUAUAUGUAAAUACAUAACUAUGUAACGUCUUGGUGUGACGGCUAGUUGGAAAUGCUCGAUUGAUGCUUACCUUCCCCCUCUCCCCACCCCUCUUCUUUCUUCUGUAUCCCCUCCCCAUCACCCAGUUCUCAUUGAACAUUAUGUUGAACAAAAUAAAAAUUGUCAAAUUUAAAAAAAAAAAAGAUCAGUGGGUGUAUAAUGCAGGAGACAAUAUAAAACAAAACUCAACAGAGGCAAUGAGUUUAACACCCUGUUCUUUAAGAUUAAACUGCCUUCCAGCUAUUAAACCAUACAGUUCACUGGUGUCUUACACACACCAUAUAAAUUGUACAGAAGUGCAGCUGUGUCGGAUUGGAGGGGAGGGCACCAAGGCAAGUGUUUUUUUUUUUUAAUUUUCGAGAUUUAGUCGACUAAAACUAGACUAAAACUAAAACAAUUCAGAUGACUAAAAAAGUUAACACUGCACCAGUGUAAGUUCUCUCUCCAACGAGUCUAGAAAUGUUUUAUGUUUAUACAGAUAUUUUUAAUUUCAGCAUUAUGCUGAUCGAUUUGACCGGCACCAUGAGUUCUAUUUGAAAAGUGCAGCCCCAGUCUGUAUCCCAAAAUAUAUUAUAUCAGUCUAGAUUAGCGAGAGAGAGCAACGUGUUAAUGAUUCCUGUUUCCUAAUUAAUUCUUACAAGCAAGAUCCUGUCCCCUUAUGAGAUUAGUAUUUUUAAACCUGAAUUGUCACAAGUUAUUUUAAUAUUGUGUCUUGUCUUUAUUAAGUGCUGUAGAAUGCUUUGUAUGUAAAAUUGUAUCCCUUUUUAUAUUUUUCUGACACUAGGUUUAAACAUGGGUGACUGGUCGAUCUUGGGGCGCCUUUUAACAGAAGUCCAGAACCAUUCUACUGUGAUUGGAAAAAUCUGGCUUACAAUGCUUCUCAUUUUCCGAAUUCUUUUGGUAACAUUAGUAGGAGAUGCAAUGUACGGUGAUGAACAGUCUAAAUUUACCUGUAAUACUCUUCAACCAGGUUGCAACAAUGUAUGCUAUGACAGCUUUGCUCCAGUCUCUCAUCUUAGAUUCUGGAUUUUUCAGAUUGUCCUGGUGUCAACGCCUUCCAUAUUUUAUAUUAUUUAUGUGUUGCAUAAAAUUGCCAAAGAUGAGAAAACUGAACUAGAAAGAGCCUAUGUAAUGGAGCUCCUCCAAAGCUUAUCUAUUGGUGAACACCUACAGAAGAAAACCAUGAAUGUGGAUGCUGAGGAAAAAGUGGAAAUGAAGGACCGUUCUACAAAAGGCGAUCGGUUUAGACCCAAACUCAUUCAUGAUAGUAUCCAUGGUCCUAUCCCCAUCUUUGACAAGAUGCAUAUAAUAUACAUUGUACAUGUGGUUUUAAGGUCUAUUAUGGAGAUGGGAUUCUUGGUGGGUCAAUAUUAUCUUUAUGGCUUUGAGGUUCCUCACCUCUUUCGGUGUCAGACCUACCCCUGCCCAACCACAACUGAUUGUUUUGUUUCAAGAGCUACAGAGAAGACUGUGUUUCUCAACUUCAUGUUUGGAGUUGGAAUUGGAUGCUUUAUUUUGAACAUUGUUGAGUUGCACUACCUGGGCUGGUUCUAUGUUUUUCGGAUUUUAACAGCUGCGUGCUACACCUGUUGUGAGUUUAAGAACAAGAAGAAAACAAUGGUUUUGCACCCUGAGCAGAAUAGCCUACUUAUACACUUAAAGGACACUAUACAGGAACGGUUUGUCCUUAAGACAUCCUCAAGUCUAUCAAAGGAGAAAAUUAGUUAUGUGCCAACCCAGCCGGCUGCUAUUUCCUUCACGAAUGAUGACAAUAAAGAUUCUACCUCAAGGAAAAGCCCUGACAUUAAGCAUAGUAACUUAGCUAAAAUAUCCAAAAUCAGAAAGUCCUGGAUUUAA